GUUACCUCCUGUGAAUUUCUUUGGAAUAGCACGUCGAUAUCUUCAGAGAUUAUCUCUUCCUUCUGAAAAGAUUCUUCCUCAUGUAAGCCGCAUAUAUGAAUGGGCCAUGCCUCCAGAUUUGUGGUUAUCCUUAUCCGAAAGACAUUUUAAGCUACCUAUUCAUGUUUGUGUGAUGUCAAUUCUGGUUGUAGCAAUAAGAAUGUUGUUUAACAUAAAUGGUUCGGGAGAAUGGGAGAAAAGUUUGUCCAACAAAGGUAAUACCAAAGACAAUGGUGAGAAGGGUACAGCUUUUUCCUCCCGUGAUAGACCUAAUUCUAGUGAAGAAGAUUCGGAUAAAAACAAAAUGAAACAACAGGAAAAUGAAUUAGACACUUCAGGACUUCUCCAACACCUUCAAGCAAUAUAUAAUGAUCUUGUAGAUAUCCAAGAGUAUUCAAAAGACCUGUCAACAUAUCUCAAACACUGUAGGGAUGUUAUCUUUGCUGGGUCAGAGGCGUCAUAUGGGAAUUACGAAGAAGAAAAGAUGAUAGAGUACUUAUGAAACUUUAAUAUGAAUGAAAAGGAUACUAAGCCUUCAGUACAUGGAGAACAAUCUAACAGGUCUCUUAAUCAAACAAGGUCGAGGGAUAAUGCAUCGGUUGGUAGGACAUCUCAGAGGGAGAGGACAAGUAAAGAACAUUCUAAUGAGCCAUCUCUUAAUGACGCCACCAGCCUUGGAAAUCAUUUGCCUGAAAAUGUGGAUAAAGAUGAUGGGGACAAUGACAAGGACAAUGAUUCCUCAAAGAGAUUUAGAGGCCGUGAUGAAUCAGAUUCCAAUGCGCACAGUUCAGAAAAACCUCAUGUCAAGGAAGCCAUUGCACGGAUGAAGUUAGACAUGGAGGAGAAUAGGUUCUACUAUAUACCACCUAUUGUCAAGAAGAAAAGACGACACAAUUAUCUUCACUAUGUGAGGAAGAUAGAUGAAGGUGCCUUGGAGUAUGUUGCUCAUGCUGAUUACUACAUCCUGCUUCGGGCUUGCGCUAGGGUCGCACAAGUUGACGUUCGGAUUAUGCAUAUUGGUGUGUUGAAGCUCGAAAGAAGACUUGCUUGGUUAGAGGAACAGAUCGACGAAUGCUUGCAGUUGAAACCAGAGAAAAUUUCGUGCAAGUUCUGCAGUGAUGCGGCCCCUGAAAAUGAAUCUGAGGAUGUACCUGGGCUAUCAGAUUUGGAUAUUUGAGAAUUAUUUUUCCUUUUAUAGUUUAAAAAUCAAUGCUUCGUACACAUUUUGAUGGUUUCAACAUAACAGGUUAAGAUGGAAGUUUAUUAUGAAUAUCAAGGAUCAAUGUAGUCAUGUAGAUAAACUUUAUGACCAACUUUAUACUUAAAAAAAGAUGUCAAACUCGAGAGAGAGUACUAUUCCCA